AUGACUGAGAUACUCUCAGAGCCCCAGAACACAGAGGAAAUCAGCUCCAUCGAGCAGAAAACCAGGGUUGAGAGAAAUUCUGUGUAUGAGCAGUGUGUGAAUGAAGCUUUGAAUCCACACUCUAAGCCCAAACCAACACAGAACAAACCCACAGAAAUGAAACCCACUCAAUCCAAACCCACAGAGACCAAAUGCACUCAAUCAAAACCCACAGAGACUAAACCCACUCAGUCCAAACCCACAGAGACCAAAUGCACUCAAUCAAAACCCACAGAGACUAAACCCACUCAGUCCAAACCCACAGAGACUAAACCCACUCAAUCCAAACCCACAGAGACCAAAUGCACUCAAUCAAAACCCACAGAGACUAAACCCACUCAGUCCAAACCCACAGAGACUAAACCCACUCAAUCCAAACCCACAGAGAUUAAACCCACUCAAUCCAAACCCACAGAGACUAAACCCACUCAAUCCAAACCCACAGAGACUAAACCCACUCAAUCCAAACCCACAGAGACUAAACCCACUCAAUCCGAAGACACAAAGACCAAACCAACACAGACCAACCCACUCAAUCCACACUAA